AUGGAGCCGCAGUGCUGGGGACCACAAACAUUUAAACCCGAAUGUGUUGAAUUUACCGAGUUGUACAAGAUUGUAACAGCGGAAAAGUAUCGAGUUCCUUGUAACGUUAAACGAAAGAUAACCAAAUGGCGAGUUUUCGGGGACGAUGGUAAAUUAAUUUACCCACCGGCGGAUAUAGUUAGAACACGGAAUGAAGAAUUAAAAAAGAUUGAAGAGCAAAGGGAGAGGGAGAUGAAGGAAAUACCCAAGAAUAUUAUCUCGCUGAGGGAUUUGAAGAAGAGGAAGACGAGGGAUUUUAAAAAGAGGAGAAAAGUGGAAAGCAAAAGGAUGGAGAGUGAAAGUGUUGAGGAAAAAAUUUUACAAAGCCGCGAGGCUGAAUUACCGAGGAGCAUUGAAGAUCAACUGGAAGAGUUAUGGAAAUCGUGGAACAUUUACCAAGCCAGCGAAACAAUCUUUGACGAGGAUUUGAAAGUUGUCGAGGAUUUUAAAUCUCACUGUCACUUCUUCGUUGAACCUUACGACAAACGCGUCACUACUCGAGUCGAGAAAUUAAUUUUCGAUAAGCUACGUCAACGUCUCGACUAUCGCAAGAAAUUACGUCAACUCGAGCAAGAAGUAAUCCAGUCGUAUGAGAUUCACUUACGCAAUUUCAUAACCGACUACAUGCUGUUAGAGCCGUCACAGCGUCGAUUAUUAAACGUUCGCCAAAUUCCAAAUAUGGCUUGGCCAACAUUCGUGAUCCGUGCGCCAGUACCGUGGCAUCAAUCCAAAGUCACAUCGAGCCACAAGAUGGAACACAACUUGUUCAUGACAAACGAGAUCGUUCGUAGGAUCCGUGACAUGUGGAGUGAAAAAUAUCGCCACACGAGGAUCAUCGACGUGAAAGAUCUUGGUGAAUUUCCCGUAGCAGCUCUGGAAAUCACCGAGAAAGUGAAAGUGAUCUGCAAACGAUCGCGCGAGAAGCUCGAGAAGGAAUGGCUAGCCGAGGUGGCCGAAUUGUUUCUCGAGCUCAAAUGUGCGUGGUCGGAUUUGUUCGACAAGCGUGCCGACGCGUCUACCGCGAUCGUCGAGAAGUACUUCCGGCACGUCGACGGGAUCUUGUCUCGACAGCUGAGAAUCGUCGUGGCGAAGACCCUGGAAGAAUUGAGAGAUUUUUUCGUUGCUUACGGCGACGGCAAUUCCUUCGAGGGAGACUAUCAGGAUCUCACGUUCACGAGGAAGCCGUUCAUGACGCUGAACGUGCUGUGGGAUCGGAACAACAAUCAAUUGCAAUGCGAACCAACGGUCCUCGAAGUGCGUAACACCGUAUCCCAAUGCAUUGACAUGGUGAUACGUGUCUCGCAUCGAAUGCCGAGUAUAGAGAACGUCCUAUUCCCGGAAAUACAAAAGAAGCGCUACUUAUUCGCUGUCUACCGUUGGGAAAAGGACAUAAAGGAUCUCGUCGUUCAAACGCUCCGAUCCAUCGUUCGCAACACUCAAGGCCCGCAAUUAUACCUACAGCGUUACGUCCAGUAUUACUAUCUGCUAGACGGCUCGGCGGCUCAAGAUCUCGCCAAAUUUUUCAAAAUUGAACCAGCGCCGUUCUUGAAGGACUUUGGAAAUCGCAUCAAGGCUUACGACACGCUACGGAAAGAGAUGUUCUUGUUUCGUGAUAAGAUCCCGUUGAAUCUGAUCGAGAUCGACUGCAGCUCGUUGAACGAAUCGCUGAGGGACAUACUUUAUGAUUUGCGCUCGGUCAUCUGCAACAGCUUUCUCGAGCAGGUGCGCGCGAACAAUCGCGAAGUCUGCGCGAGCUUCGACGAGAUUGCCGAACGUAUCGCCGGUAUGCCGGAGGUGACUCGCGACGUCGUGGAGCUCUACAACUACUUGAUAGACAGCCGCGACUCGAGCAUGCUGAUCCUCCGCGCCAAAUUGUCGCAGAGUGCCGAGGUCGUGUUGUUCCUGGCGGAACACCAGACGCCGCUCUCGGCCGACGACAUCCAGCUGAACAGUCGGUCGUUCACUUGGCCGCGGGAGAUGGAAACUAUGAUGGAACUCGCCGCGACGAGAUUGAACAUGAGGAAGGAAUUCGUCGAGGGCGUACUGAGAAAUCGCCGGCAAGUGUUCGACGGCAAAGUCGAGGCUCUGCACUCCAAAUUCGAGAUUUUCAAGAAGAAAGAUCCACCAAUCGUCAGCAUGGACGAGAUGGUUUCCAACGCCAAGGAGAUCGAAAUAAUCGCUCGCGAAAUGCGGGAAUUGGAAAGGGAAGCCGAAGAGAUCAACAUCGAGGAGUCGCUUCUCGAUCUGGAAGUAUCGCCGUACCUGUCGCUGGCACCAAUGAGCGCGAGCGUUGCGCAAUUCGACCAACUGUGGCACACGGUGCUCGACUUCCACGUGAAGUACGAGCGCUGGAUGUUCGGUCCGUUCCAAGGCCUCGACGCCGAGGAGAUGCGCGAACAGGUCGAUCUGUUCUGGAAGAGUCUCUACAAAUUGUCGCGCGGUCUGGCCGAACUGCCGGCUGCUCGAAGAAUCGCCGAGAUGGCGCGCGGCAAGGUCGACAAGUUCAAGCAGCUGUUGACGCUGCUGCAAGGCAUUUGCAAUCCCGGGCUGCAAGCGAGGCACUGGGCGAAGAUCGGCGAGGCCGCCGGCGUCGAGGUGAAAGUCGGCCCCGAGAGCUGUUUGUCCGACGUGCUCGAGCUCGGAUUGCUGGCGCACGUCGGCAAGAUCGAGGAGAUCUCCGGCGCCGCGUCCAAGGAACACGCUCUGGAGACGACUCUGAGGAGAAUGCAGCAGGAUUGGCAGGACGUGAGAUUCGACCUGAGCCCUUAUCGCGAGAGUGGCGUCAGCGUUUUGGCAGCCCUGGACGACGUGCAGACGCUGCUCGAUGAGCAUAUACUCAAAGCGCAAACGAUGCGCGGCUCGCCUUACGUCAAAGCAUUCGAGUCCGAAAUGCAAGCGUGGGAAGACAAGCUGAUUGGCAUGCAGGACAUCAUCGACCAGUGGCUGGCCUGCCAAGCUACUUGGAUGUAUCUCGAGCCCAUUUUCGGCAGCGAAGACAUCAUGAGGCAGAUGCCUACCGAGGCGAAGAACUUCCGCAAAGUCGACAAAACGUGGAGGAGCAUCAUGGAAUUCGUCGAGGCUGACACGAAAGUGUUGGUAGCCACGAGCAUGCCGGAGAUGUUGGAGUUACUGAGGGAGAGCAACGAUCUGUUGGACGACAUUCAGAAGGGCUUGAACGACUAUCUGGAGAAGAAGAGGCUGUUCUUCCCGAGGUUCUUCUUUUUGUCCAAUGACGAAUUGCUCGAGAUUCUGUCCGAGACGAAGGAUGCGCAGAGGGUACAACCCCACUUGAAGAAGUGUUUCGAAGGCAUCAAAAGUCUGAGGUUUCACAAGGUGGAUGAAAUCAUCGGUAUGCUGUCCGAGGAGGAGGAAUACGUGCCGUUCAGCGGCAAAAUUUAUCCGGCCGACGCCAAAGGCAUGGUCGAACGAUGGCUCGCUCAGGUCGAGGAGCUGAUGAAGACGUCGUUGCGCGACAUCGCGCAAGACAGUGUGAUCGCUUACUUCAUGGACUCACGCGAAGAGUGGAUUUUGGCGUGGCCUGGUCAAAUUGUGCUCUGCGCCAGUCAAGUGCAUUGGACCAGCGAGGUGUGCGAGUCCUUCGAUGACGCCUCGACCGCGGAUUACCUGGACAAAUGUUCCGAGCAGAUCGAGAAGACCGUCGCUCUGGUCAGAGGCAAGUUGGAACCUGGUGCGAGGAUCACUUUGAAUGCCUUGAUCGUCAUUGACGUUCACGCGAGAGACGUGGUGAAACUGCUGGUGGAAAGGAAGGUCAAAGACGUCAUGGACUUCAAUUGGAUCGCGCAGCUGAGGUAUUAUUGGAUGGAAGGUAGCGUGACGGUGUCCAUGAUAACCACUGACGUGGAAUACGGCUACGAAUAUUUAGGCAACAGUAGUCGACUCGUUAUAACACCGCUGACCGAUCGUUGCUAUCGCACGCUUAUGGGUGCGUUAAAGUUGAAUCUCGGUGGUGCACCCGAAGGACCAGCUGGUACUGGCAAGACCGAGACGGCCAAAGAUCUUGCUAAAGCUAUUGCCAAACAGUGCGUUGUAUUCAAUUGCUCCGAGGGUUUGGAUUACGCUGCUAUGGGCAAGUUUUUUAAAGGAUUGGCGCAGUCUGGUGCCUGGGCUUGUUUCGAUGAGUUUAAUAGGAUUGAGUUGGAAGUGCUAUCGGUUAUCGCUCAACAGAUUUUGUCCAUUCAGUUGGCAAUAGAAUUGAAGCUAGAGAGAUUUAUAUUCGAGGGUACAGAGUUGAAGUUGAAUCCAACGUGCAACGUCAUCAUCACGAUGAAUCCCGGCUAUGCCGGCAGGCAGGAAUUGCCCGACAACUUGAAAGUACUGUUUCGCACUUGUGCUAUGAUGGUGCCGGAUUACGCGAUGAUCGGUGAGAUCACACUGUACUCGUAUGGAUUCACUCACGCUAGACCACUCGCCGAAAAGAUCGUUCACACUUACAAGCUUUGCUCCGAACAACUGAGCUCGCAGAGUCACUAUGAUUACGGGAUGCGCGCAGUGAAGACGGUUCUUCUUGCGGCCGGCAACCUCAAGUUGAAAUACGUGAACGAACAGGAAGCAAUUUUGCUCUUACGUGCCAUCAUCGACGUGAACGAACCAAAAUUCCUCGCUCAGGAUUUGCCGCUGUUUCAAGGCAUCUAUAGCGAUUUGUUUCCCGGAGUUGAGCUGCCGACGCCAGAUCGCGAUGAGCUUGUCGCACUGAUCAAAGAGCACCUCGACAAGAGGCAAUUGCAAGCUACGGAGUGGUAUGUUGGCAAAAUCAUACAGAUUUACGAGAUGGUGCUGGUGAGGCAUGGGUUGAUGAUCGUUGGGGAUCCACUUUGCGGCAAGACUCAGGCAUACGAAGCGUUGGCUGAUGCACUUACGGAUUUGGCACAGAAGAAGACAGUUACCAUUCGAGAAUGGAGGGUUGUGUACAGGGUGAUCAAUCCUAAAGCAAUGACGCUGGGUGAACUGUACGGAUGCUUCGAUCCAGUCUCUCACGAAUGGAGCGACGGUAUAUUAGCCAGUGCAUUUCGCGAAUUCGCGACGUCAGGAACAGCAGAGCGCAAAUGGCUGAUAUUCGAUGGACCGAUCGACGCGGUGUGGAUCGAGAACAUGAACACGGUGCUCGACGACAACAAGAAACUCUGCUUGAUGUCCGGCGAGAUCAUACAAAUGCCGCAGCGCAUGAACAUGGUUUUCGAAACUGGCGACUUGGAGCACGCAUCGCCGGCGACUGUCAGUCGCUGCGGGAUGAUAUACAUGGAGAGUACGCAGCUCGGCUGGCGUGCUUUCUUCGAGUCGUAUAAGAACAAAGUCAAGGACAAAUUGUUGGCCGAACAGAUGGAACUGAUGACCGAGGUCGUCGAGUGGUUGCUUGUUCCCGUAUUCGCAUUAAUCAGGAAUAAGUGUCGCGGAUUCGUGGACACCGACGAGUUGCACAUGUUUACGUCGUUCUCGAAAUUACUGACCAUAAUGCUCAACGAGGAGACGCAAGUGAGCACCGUUUGGCUGCAGUGCUCGAUAAUUUUCAGUAUCGUUUGGGGUACGUGUUCGACUUUAGUGAACGACAGUAGACAGGCCAUGGAUACUUUCCUUCGAAAGAUUCUCACUGGCAAUAACGAGGAUUAUCCGAGACCCAAGUGUUUUAAAUUAACGAAGCAGCAGCUGUUUCCAGAUCGCAAUACAAUUUUCGAUUGGGUUUGCGACAAAAAGAACAAUUAUUCUUGGAUACCGUGGAUGGAAACUUCCGGUCAGAUAACGUUACCAAGCCAAGGGAAGAUGAGCGAUCUGAUAAUACAAACAACGGAGAUGUCGAUACAACGUUUCUUCCUGUCGCUGCUACUCGACAAUUUGAUUCCCGUGUUGUUUGUCGGACCGACCGGUACUGGCAAAUCCACGGUUGUGUUGAAUUACAUGCUGACGUUGCCGAAGAACAAGUUCAUCCAGAAUAUGCUGAAUUUCAGCGCGAGAACAACGGCAGCUCAAACUCAAGAGAUCGUUAUGUCAAAAUUAGAUCGCAGACGCAAAGGCGUGUAUGGCCCUGCUAUGGGAAAAAAAUGCGUUCUGUUCAUCGAUGACUUGAGUAUGCCACAACCAGAGACAUACGGUGCACAACCCCCAGUGGAACUUUUACGCCAAUGGUUGGACCACGGACAUUGGUUUGACACGAGAGACACAAGUAUCUUACAAUUAGUUGAUAUUCUACUCGUCGCUGCUAUGUUACCACCUGGCGGUGCUUCCAAUAAAUUGACAUCGAGGUUCACAAGGCAUCUACAUAUCAUCGGUAUCGAUGCUUUCGAUGAUAAUACCAUGACAAGGAUUUUCGGCGCGAUUCUCGAUUGGCAUUUCGCUAAAGGAUUUGAUCCCAACGUCACGCGAUUGGGUAAAUCCGUACUAUCCGGCACAAUGGAAGUCUAUCGUAAGACCAUCGAGAAUUUCCUUCCUAUACCAAGUAAAAGCCACUAUAUGUUCAAUCUUCGCGACUUCAGUCGCGUGAUCGGUGGCAUACUCCUCGUACCAUCGUCGAGACUGAAGGAUCCCGAUAAGCUCAUAAGACUGUGGAUCCACGAGGUUUAUCGUGUGUUUUACGACAGACUCGUCGACGUGGACGAUCGCGAGAAAUUAUUCGCGAUGGUCAAGAGCGCCACGUAUGAGCAUUUACGCCAACCGAUUGACAAAGUGCUCGGGAGCUUCUUGGGCGAGGGUGAAAACGAGAUCAACAGUGGGCACAUUAGCAGUCUACUGUUUGGAAAUUAUAUGGAGCCUGAUGCCGACCCGAAGACUUACGAUGAGAUAUCGGAUUUUGAGGAUCUGAAGGAAAAAAUGGAAUACUACCUGGACGAGUACAACAGCCUAUCGAAAACGCCAAUGUCACUCGUGCUCUUUCGUUACGCGAUCGAGCACGUGUCGCGUGUCUCGCGCAUUCUGCAACAAGACAACGGCCACGCGCUACUCGUCGGCGUUGGUGGUUCUGGUCGCACAUCGUGCGCACGUUUGGCCACGAGUAUGGCGGAUUACGCGCUAAAGACAAUCGAGAUGACGCGUACCUACGGCCACAACGAGUGGCGAGACGACUUGAGGGGCAUGCUGCUGAGAGCCGGCUACGAGGGCAAACCGACGGUGUUCUUGCUCAGCGACAAUCAGAUCAAGCAAGAAAGCUUCCUGGAGGAUUUGAGCAUGCUGCUGAACACCGGCGACGUGCCGAAUUUGUACGGUGGCGAAGAGAAAGCGGAGAUUCUCGAGAAGAUGACUGAAGUCGUGAGAGAAGCUCAGUUAAAAGUUUCGGGUUCAGGUCGCGGUGGAGAGACAAGUCCAAUGGCACUGUACGGCACCUUCAUCGAACGAGUGAAGAAGAAUAUUCACAUAGUAUUGGCCAUGUCGCCGAUCGGUGAAGCAUUUCGCGUACGUUUACGUAUGUUUCCGUCACUCAUCAACUGCUGCACUAUCGAUUGGUAUACUUCGUGGCCCAAUGAAGCCCUCGAACGCGUCGCCACAAGAUUCUUACGGGAUUUAGAAAUUAGCGAAUCACACAAGAACAAGUGCGUGACUUUGUGCCAGCACUGUCACAUGAGCGUCGUAAAUGCCAGCGAAGAUUUCUGGAGAAUGCAAAAGCGACGAAAUUACGUAACGCCCACGAGCUACCUGGAACUGAUAAAAUGUCUUCAUAAGUUCCACGGCCAGAAGGUUGACGAGAUUAGAAAGCAGCAGAAUCGCUACGAAGUCGGAUUGGAAAAAUUGGACUUCGCCGCUGGUCAAGUGUCGGUAAUGCAAGAGGAAUUGCAGGCUCUGCAGCCAAAACUGGUGGCGCAAUCGCAACUCAGUGACAAAUUGAUGAUACGCAUCGAGCAAGAUACCGUGAAUGUCGAAGCAAAGAAGGAAGUUGUCGCUGCGGAUGAGGCACUUGCCAACGAAGCCGCGGCCGCUGCGCAAGCUAUCAAGGACGAUUGCGAGUCUGACCUUGCCGAAGCUACGCCUGCUUUGGAAGCAGCGCUCGCGGCUUUGGACACCUUGAAACCCGCUGACAUUACCAUUGUUAAGAGCAUGAAGAAUCCGCCGACGGGAGUGAGACUGGUCAUGGAAGCUGUUUGCGUGUUAAAAGGUGUGAAACCCGACCGAGUACCCGAUCCAAAAACCGGUGGCAUGGUCGAAGAUUACUGGCCAGCAUCAGUACGUCUACUUGGUGAUAUCAAGUUCCUCGAGAGCCUCAAAUACUUCGACAAGGACAAUAUACCGCAGAAUAAUAUGAAAAAGAUCCGCGAGAAAUUUAUGAACGAUCGGAGCUUUCAGCCCGAGGUCAUCAAGAAAGUAUCGACAGCUUGCGAGGGCUUGUGCAAGUGGGUAAGAGCGAUGGAAGUUUACGACCGUGUGAUCAAAGUCGUCGCGCCGAAGAAAGCUAUGCUGGCUGAGGCUGAAGCUGAACUGGCUUCCCAGAUGGAAACUCUGAAUGCCAAGAGAGCUCUGUUACAGGAAGUGACGGACAAGCUGCAGCAAUUGAACGAUGAGUUCGCCGAGUGCAUGCGCGAGAAGAAGAAGCUCGAGGACCAAAUCGAGCUUUGUCAACAGAAACUCGAGCGUGCUGAAAAGCUCCUCGGCGGUCUCGGCGGCGAAAAGACGCGCUGGAGCGAAACCGCGCACACGCUCGGCGCGAGCCUCGAGAACGUCAUCGGUGACAUCCUGUUGGCGUCGGGAAUCGUCGCGUAUUUGGGCGCUUUCACAGUGCUCUAUCGCGACUCGUUGGUGCAAGAAUGGCACGUUGCAUGUCAGCGAGCCGAGCUACCGUGUUCACCACCACCAUUCAGCUUGGCCGACACACUUGGCGAUCCUGUACAAGUGAGACUUUGGUUGUUGAACGGAUUGCCAGCUGAUAAAUUUUCCGUAGAAAAUGGAAUAAUCGUUAGAGCGGCCGAACGUUGGCCGCUGAUGAUAGAUCCGCAAGCACAGGCGAACAAAUGGAUAAAAAAUUUGGAGAAAGAUAAUCGUUUGGCCAUAAUCAAACUUACAGAUCCGAAUUACACGAGGAUUAUCGAGACUGCCAUUCAACUUGGUACACCGGUGUUGAUGGAGAAUAUUCUUGAAGAGAUCGAUGCGAUUUUAGAGCCAGUGCUGUUGAAGAGUUUGUUCAUGCAGAGAGGAGUUUUGUGCAUCAAGUUUGCCGAGAAUGUCUUGGAGUAUAAUCGUGACUUUCGAUUUUAUAUUACCACGAGAUUGAGGAAUCCACACUAUUUACCUGAAUUGGCAGUAAAAGUUAGUCUGUUGAAUUUUACGAUAACACCGCAAGGUUUGCAAGAUCAGUUGUUGGGCAUAGUAGUUGCUAAAGAAUUACCAGUGUUGGAAGAAAAGAAGAACCAAUUGAUCGUCGAAAGUGCGAACAACAAACGGAUAUUAAAAGAAGUCGAAGAUCGAAUACUAGAAGUAUUAUCGAGUUCGGAAGGUAACAUUCUUGAAGACGAAACUGCGAUUAAGAUACUUUCAAGUUCCAAGACGUUAUCCGAAGACAUACGAGCCAAACAAGAAGUCGCAGUUGAAACUUCAAAAGAAAUCGACGUUGCUCGAGAUGGCUACAAACCAGUUUCCUCAUACGCUUCAACAUUAUUCUUUUGCAUCUCCGAAUUGGCGAAUAUCGAUCCAAUGUAUCAAUACUCCUUACCAUGGUUCAUGCGUUUAUUCACCAUGACGAUCGAGCAGAAAACAACGAUUAAAGAUAAUAAAGAAGAGAACGCUUUACAAAUACGAAUCGACACAUUGAACAAGAUGUUCACUGCGACAAUCUACAAAAACGUCUGCAGAUCAUUGUUCGAGAAAGACAAGCUCGUAUUCUCUUUCAUACUUUGCGCUGGGAUUUUGAGAGGAGUUAACGAAUUGGAUGAAGAAUUAUGGUCGUUUCUUUUAACCGGUGGUGUAGCCUUGGACAAUCCAUAUUCAAAUCCCGAUCCAACUUGGUUAUCCGACAAAUCGUGGUCGGAGAUAACACGAGCGAGUGAUUUGAACGGAUUGAAUCAGUUAAGAGAUACUUUCGUUGAUAAUAUCGUCAUAUGGAAGGAUUAUUAUGAAUUACCGAAUCCCGAUGAGAAUCCUUUACCGCAUCCAUACGAUGCAGAUGAUGACGGUAGUAUGAGGAGAUUGGUUAUUGUUAGGUGCAUUAGACCCGAUAAACUCGUACCGGCUAUACGAGCUUUUGUCAUUAGUAAGAUGGGAUUGACGUUUGUCGAACCACCACCUUUUGAACUAACAGAUUCUUAUAAUGAUUCGAAUAACGUUACACCGUUAAUCUUCAUAUUGACUCCAGGUUCUGAUCCAAUGGCUGGGCUCUUAAAAUUCGCUACAGACUUGGGAAUCUCAGCCAAAAGUUUGAAAACUAUAUCGCUAGGCCAAGGUCAAGGACCAGUUGCCACGGAAGCGAUUAAUAAAGCAUUGGAAAUUGGUGAAUGGCUCGUGCUACAGAAUUGCCAUUUAGCCGAGUCUUGGAUGAGAGAGCUGGAUCGUAUUUGUGAUGAAGUUAUCGUACCUGCCGCUACGCAUCCCAAAUUUCGACUUUGGCUUACGAGUUAUCCGUUUAAAGCUUUUCCGAUAUCAAUUCUACAGAAUGGCGUAAAGAUGACCAACGAACCGCCGAAAGGUCUGAGGAGUAAUUUGAUGAGAAGUUACACGAGUGAUCCGAUCUCGAAUAAGAGUUUCUUUAACGGUUGUAAAAAAAUCACCGAGUGGCGUAAACUUCUCUUCUCGCUUUGCCUCUUCCAUGGCGUUGUUCAAGAGCGUCGUACGUUUGGUCCGCUCGGUUGGAAUAUCCCAUACGAGUUCAACGACUCGGACUUGUGUAUAAGCUUGAUGCAGUUGCAAAUGUUUCUCAACGACUACGAGGAAGUUCCGUUGGAAGCUUUGCUUUAUCUGAUCGGCGAGUGUAAUUACGGCGGACGCGUAACAGACGACAAAGACCGACGAUUGCUGAAUUCGUUGCUAGGCAAAUAUUUGAACGAACAGAUUAUCGAGAGCGAAGAGUACUAUUACUCGCCAAGUAUACGAUUGACGGCUGAUAUGGAUUAUCAAGGUUGUAUUAGAUAUAUUCACUCGCUGUCGGUUAGCCAACCACCCGAGACAUUCGGUUUGCAUCAGAAUGCGGAUAUAGCGAAGGAUAAUUCCGAGACGAUGAUGCUACUCGAGGGUGCUUUACUUGCUCAGUCGCAAUUAGGUCAAGCGACCGGUUCGGAGAAGAGUAACGAUCAGAUGGUUUACGAUUUAGCAUGUGAGAUUCUCGAUAAAAUGCCGGAAGAAGAAUUCAACGUUGAAAAUGUGUCCAUGCGAUAUCCCGUUAUUUAUCAAAAUAGUAUGAACACAGUACUUCGGCAAGAAUUGAUUCGUUGUAAUCGACUUACCGAAGUGAUUAAGAGUAGCUUAAUGAAUUUGAAAAGAGCUGUUAAAGGACAAAUUGUCAUGUCGGCGAGCCUUGAAGAGAUUUUUAAUAGUAUGAGUCUAGGGCGCGUUCCAGAGUCGUGGAAGAAAAAAUCAUAUCCGACGUUGAAGCCCUUGAAUAGCUAUAUCAAUGACCUUCUGCAGAGGAUAGUGUUCUUUCAGGAAUGGAUUGAUCAUGAUGCGCCGAAUGUGUUUUGGAUUUCCGGAUUCUUUUUUACGCAGUCAUUUCUCACUGGUGUCCUGCAGAAUUUUGCCAGAAAACAUACUAUACCCAUUGACCGAUUGGAUUUUGAGUUUCAGAUAACGAAAUACGAGAAACCCGAAGAAGUAAAUGAAUCACCGGUACACGGCGUCUACAUUUACGGUUUAUUUAUCGAAGGUGCACGUUGGAAUCGCAACAUACAAGAAUUGGACGAAUCUCUGCCAAAAAUAAUGUUCGACAGCGUGCCUAUAAUCUGGCUACGACCUGGUAUCAAAGCUGAUUUUAUGCCGCAAUCAGUCUAUUAUUCACCGUUGUAUAGAACAAGCGAGAGACGUGGUGUUUUAGCUACAACUGGACAUUCAUCGAAUUUCGUAAUGUUUAUAUUGUUCCUCACAACAGUCAAACAGGAUCACUGGAUUCAGCGUGGUGUCGCCUGUCUUUGUCAAUUAGACGAUUGAGGAAGAAUCAAAGAGUACGAUGUAUUCUCACUUUUGUAUAUUUGUAUUUUCUUUUAAAUGAAAAAAUUAGAUGUAAUUAUCUCACGCAACUUGCUUUUAAAUUUGA